GCAGCCCCGGCCCCUGCCUGUCCCCCCACCGCCCUCUCAGCUCAGAGUGCGCACGUCUCCCCGCUCCCCUGUACCCCCAGCAGCCGCUGCGGAGCGGGUGGGCUGGGCGCUAGCGGCGGACCCGGCUCUGCAGCUUUCGGGGUGGGCGCGUGGAGCGCAGGAGCCCGGUCCCGGGCCUGCAGCGCCGCCUCCCCAGCGCGUCCCGCAGCGGCGCCGCUGCCUGGUUCCCUCCCACCCAAGAUGGCGGAGAGCCUCCCCGAGCAUGAGCGGAUCCUGCAGGAGAUCGAGAGCACGGACACGGCCUGCGUGGGGCCCACCCUGCGGUCUGUAUAUGAUGACCAGCCAAAUGCACACCAAAGAUUUAUGGAAAAACUAGAUGCUUGCAUACGUAACCAUGACAGAGAGAUAGAAAAGAUGUGUAAUUUUCACCAUCAGGGCUUUGUGGAUGCUAUUACAGAACUUCUUAAAGUAAGGGCUGAUGCAGGAAAAUUAAAGGUCCAAGUUACUGAUACCAACCGAAGGCUUCAAGAUGCUGGGAAAGAGGUGAUAGCCCAAACAGAGGAAAUCAUCCGAUGUAGAAUUCAGCAGCGGAAUAUUACAACAGUAGUGGAAAAACUGCAGUUGUGUCUUCCAGUACUGGAAAUGUACAGCAAACUAAAAGAGCAGAUGAAUGUAAAAAGAUAUUAUUCUGCUUUAAAAACAAUGGAACAGUUAGAAAAUACGUACCUUCCUAGAGUUAGCCAAUAUCGUUUUUGCCAAAUAAUGAUAGAAAAUCUUCCAAAACUGCGUGAAGAAAUUAAAGAAAUUUCCAUGUCAGAUCUCAAGGACUUUUUAGAGAGUAUUCGAAAACAUUCUGACAAAAUAGGGGAAACAGCAAUGAAACAGGCACAGCAACAGAAAACCUUUAAUACAGCUCUUCAGAAACAGAAUAAUGUAAACUAUGGGAGGAAUAUGUAUGUAAUUAAUGGCAGAGUUCCAGAACCUAAGUAUGAAAUUACAUUCAAGCGAACACUUGAGGAAGAGGAUGAACAUGAAGAAGAGGUUUUGACUGCUCAUGAUCUUGUAGAUUUUUCUCCUGUUUACAGAUGCUUGCAUAUCUAUUCAGUUUUGGGUGAUGGAGAGACAUUUGAAAACUACUACAGAAAGCAAAGAAGGAAACAAGCAAGAUUAGUUCUGCAGCCACAGUCAAGCAUGCAUGAAACAGUAGAAGGCUACAGAAGAUAUUUCAGUCAAAUUGUAGGUUUCUUUGUAGUGGAAGAUCACAUUUUACAUGUAACCCAAGGAUUAGUAACUAGAGCAUACACUGAUGAACUGUGGAACAUGGCACUGUCAAAGAUCAUUGCUGUUCUUAGAACCCAUACGUCAUAUUGCACUGAUCCUGAUCUUGUUUUAGAGCUGAAGAAUCUCAUUGUUGUGUUUGCUGAUACUUUGCAGGGUUAUGGGUUUCCUGUGAAUCGACUGUUUGAUCUUUUAUUUGAAAUAAGAGAUCAGUACAAUGAAACACUGCUUAAAAAAUGGGCUGGGUUGUUCAGGGAUAUUUUUGAAGCAGAUAAUUACAGCCCUAUCCCUGUAGCAAAUGAAGAGGAGUACAAAAUAGUGAUUAGCAAAUUUCCUUUUCAAGAUCCAGAACUUGAUAAGCAAUCCUUCCCAAAGAAACUCCCAAUGUCUCAAUCGGUGCCUCAAAUUUAUAUCCAGGUUAAGGAGUUUAUCUAUGCAAGCCUUAAAUUUUCAGAGUCACUUCACCGCAGUUCGACAGAAAUAGAUGAUAUGCUUAGAAAAUCUACAAAUUUGCUGCUAACAAGAACUUUAAGUAGUUGUUUACAAAACCUCAUCAAAAAGCCACAUAUAGGUUUAACAGAGCUGGUGCAAAUCAUCAUAAACACAACACACCUGGAACAAGCCUGUAAAUACCUUGAGGACUUCAUAACUAACAUUACAAAUAUUUCCCAAGAGACUGUUCACACUGCAAGGCUGUAUGGUCUUUCCACUUUUAAGGAUGCAAGACAUGCAGCAGAAGGAGAAAUAUACACCAAACUGAAUCAAAAAAUUGAUGAAUUUAUUCAGCUUGCUGACUAUGAUUGGACAAUGUCUGAGCCUGCUGGAAGAGCCAGUGGAUAUUUAAUGGACCUUAUUAAUUUCUUAAGAAGCACAUUUCAAGUUUUUACUCACUUGCCUAAUAACAACAAUGACCAUGCAGCUAUGUCGGGAAAAGUGGCCCAGACAGCUUGCAUGUCAGCCUGCCAACAUCUUUCAACAUCCCUGAUGCAGAUGCUAUUGGACAGUGAGUUAAAACAGAUAAGCAUGGGAGCUGUUCAGCAAUUUAACUUAGAUGUCAUACAGUGUGAAUUGUUUGCCAGUUCUGAGCCUGUGCCAGGAUUCCACGGGGACACCCUGCAGUUAGCUUUCAUCGACCUCAGACAACUUCUGGACCUUUUUAUGGUGUGGGACUGGUCAACCUACCUAGCUGAUUAUGGUCAACCUACUUCUAAGUACUUACGAGUAAAUCCAAGCACAGCCCUUACCCUCCUGGAGAAAAUGAAAGACACUAGCAAAAAGAACAAUAUUUUUGCUCAGUUCAGGAAGAAUGAUCGUGACAAGCAGAAGUUAAUAGAGACCGUAGUAAAGCAACUUAGAAGUUUAGUGAACGGUAUGUCCCAGCACACAUAGACCUGUUAGAUCGUUUGUAUCUCAUCGUGCCGAGAUGUAUUUCUUGGCCACCAUUUCUACAUAGCAGGCAGGGAUGGUGAUUAGGACUCUUGUUUGGUUGAAUAAAAGAAAAAUGCGAUAGAGGUGGCUUGUAUACGGAGAUAGCAGUAAAUAAUACUUUGUAUGUAUUUUUAACGAAUUGAAUACUAUUUUAUAUAUUGUAAACAAAUGGUGGAAAUGGGACUGUAAAAUAAAAAGCAGGUCACUCACACUGUACAUGAAAUACCUGAACUGUAAAUACAUUAUUUAGAAGUGGGUAGCCGUUACAUACAAAUUUUUGCUCCAGUUAGAAAUUACUGGAAAAAAGUUUUGCUAUAAUCCUUUAAUUGCCGUUUUCCGAAUAAAUCCUAAUUUAAUAUUUUUAAACGUUGAAAUACAUGCGUUUCAGAUGUUGCCUGGUCGUUUUCUUUUUAUUAAUUGUAUAUUAGCCUUAAAAGUGAUUGGGACAUAAUUUUGUAUACCAAUUUUGUAGUGUGGAGGUACGAAAAAAAUCUUCUGAUUUUUUUGUACACUUUAAAACUACCUGAAAACCAGACUUGAUAUAUAUUCAGUGUUAGGGCUUAUAGCUUUGUUCUUCAGAAGUGGUUUAAUCUUGAGUUUAUGAAUGUAAAUAACCAUUUGAAUUCUCUGCAAUGUGCUUUGGUUUCUGUUCCUCAGGGGUAACCUUUAUAACUGUACUUUUGUAGAUGAUUCCCGGUCCCCUGUUUUCCCCUCCAGACUAAAGUAAGGGAUAAAAGAUUUACGAUAUCUGAUCUCAUACCAAGUCCCUGUGUGUCAAUAUGUAUGUUUAUACAAAUAGAGCCAUCCCCAUAAUUAGAAUUCCCUCCUACGACCAAUAUCUAUGCCCUGUAGUAUCCUGGCUACUUUAAACAUAAGGAGAAUGUAUAAUAAAUACAAACCAAACCAUCUAUGGAACAUGUAAAAAGAAUGUACAUUUCGCUGUAUUUUAAGUUAUUGACGGUCUAAAUACAGUAAUAUAAAUCUUACCCUUAUUUUUGAAUUUUAUGUAUUAAAAUGCAUCUCAGACUUAAAUUUCAUGUCGGACUGUACAGCAGAGUUCAUUUCCCCUGUUUUCUAUCUUUCAAUUAUUUACUCUCCUUUUCCUUUGUAAGCUGAGACUGGAAAGGUUCCUGUGUACCCGCCUUCACCUCCGUGAUGGAAAUAUUAAACAUGUUCAGCAAACUCUC